AAGGAAGAAAAAGAAGGGAGACGGAGGAGGAGGAGGCUAUAAAAGGGACCGUGCCGGGUCCCGAUUCCGUCCUAGUUCAUCCCACAGAGUCUCCGACGCCAAGUCCGUCAACCUUCAUGAAACCCUAAGCCUGCCCCAAUCCCACUCCUCCCUCCCCCCUAAUCAACCCCAUCUCUUGGAUCGAUCCGAUUGUCUUCGCUCUGCUUCUCCAACAUCUCACGCAUUCUCUUCAUCCCUUUGCAUCCGACGGCUGGGGGAGAAAAAGGCGUAGCCUUGGUUUGAUCUUUUAGAUGCUGGCGAAGGGAUGGAGGAGAGUGGAUCUCGAGGUGGUGAGGCCGAGGGUGGUUCAUUGGAUUCCUUGUCGGCGUGGAACCCGUGUGGCGGGGCUUUCCGACCGUACUUGGGAACGCAGUCUUCUGGUCGGAGGCCACCGGUAACUCGGAAGAAGACAAUGGUUGCAAAAUUAACCAGGGAUAUUGUUGCCACAUACCAGUUAUGUGAUCCUGGCUUCAAAUGUGCAGAAACAUUGAACCUAAAGCAUUUUUUUACUAGCCCAUCAGUUGCGGUGCAGAAUGAUGGAUUUGAUAAUGCAAAUUCAGAUAUGAUCUUGUACACAAACUUUGUGCUGGUUAAUUUUGAAACAAGACAAAGGUAUAUUGUUAAAGACAUGCUAGGCCAAGGAACUUUUGGACAAGUUGUCAAGUGCUCGAUUCCUGAAACUGAUCAUUUUGUUGCAGUGAAAGUCAUAAAAAAUCAGCCUGCUUAUUAUCGGCAAGGCAUGGCAGAAGUCUCUAUUUUGAGUCUGCUGAAUAACAACUUUGAUCUUGGUGAUAAUCAUCACAUUGUCAGAAUGCUUGAUUAUUUCAUAUUUCGUAACCAUUUAUGCAUUGCAUUUGAAAUGCUAGGACCAAAUCUGUUUGAGCUUAUUAAAUUAAACAAUUACAAGGGUUUGUCACUGAAUAUCGUACAGAUGUUCUCAAAACAGAUUCUGCAUGCUUUAGUUGUGAUAAAGGAUGCUGGUAUCAUACAUUGUGAUUUAAAGCCAGAAAAUAUACUUAUCUCCACAAGUGUGAAGCCAGCUGAAAUAAAAGUUAUUGAUUUUGGAUCAGCAUGCAUGGAGAAACAGACAAUCUACUCAUACAUUCAGAGCCGGUACUACAGGUCUCCGGAAGUUCUUCUUGGUUGCUCCUACACCACUGCAAUUGAUAUGUGGUCCUUUGGGUGCAUUGUUGCUGAGCUAUUUCUAGGGUUGCCAUUAUUUCCUGGAGCUUCAGAAUUUGAUAUUUUGAGACGAAUGAUAGAUACUCUUGGUGGACAGCCCCCUGAUGAGUUGCUUAGGCUUGGUAGCAAUACGAACAGAUUCUUUAAGCGUAUUGGUAGUAUUUACAGCAUGGAAAAUGAUGCAAUGUGCAAGAGAAUCUCGAACACUUACCAAUUUUUAACAGAAGAGGAGUAUGAAGCAAGGGAAUCGAAAAAACCUGUCAUAGGGAAACACUAUUACAAUUUUGUAAAGCUUGAGGACAUUAUAACAAAUUAUCCAUACAAGAAGAAUUUGCCUGAAGAGGAAAUCUCAAAAGAGAAUCGCACUCGGUUGGCCUUGGUUGAUUUUUUGAGAGGUCUUGUACAAUUUGAUCCUGAAAAGCGCUGGUCGCCUUUGCAGGCUUCAUUUCAUCCAUUUGUUACUGGUGAACCCUUUUUGUGCCCUUAUCGCCCCCCUCAAGAGGUCCCGCAAAUCCCUGUCAUUCGUGCUGUUGCAGUCAAUCACAAUCCAGUUGAGGGACAUUGGCUAGCGGCCGGUCUAUCUCCUCAGGUUCUGAAUGUGCACAGGUAUCUUCCACACAACAGUCCUCAUAUGCAGACGCCUCUUUCAUAUGGUAGUUACGGCAGCAUGGGAAGUUAUGGUAGCUACACUGAUAAUACUGGUUUUAGGAACAGCUAUGGCAGCUAUGUUGAUGCCAAUAGCAUGUACGCAUAUCAGCCACCUGUUGGGUCAUCUGCCAUGAGCAUACAGGGGCAAUUUGGAGGAUCAUUUCUUGGAGCAAGUCCCGAUGCUAGACGUAGACCCCCAUUAUCUCAUGGAAAUGGUUUUGGUAUAAGCCCUAACACAAGGAAUUUUGCUCCAAUGUCCUUGGGAGUUAGUCCUUCACAGUAUACUCCUCCAAGCUCUCAAAUCCAAAUUUCAAAUGUGCCUCCUGGGAAAUUUGGCCCCACUUCUGCAAGAGUAACUUUUCAUGGCUCUCCUUUGGGCAAGGGUGCUGCAAUUGGCCAAUUUAAAAAGAGUUGGGGUAGCCCUGGAACUUCUCAUGUGCAACUUCAUGAGAACUCCUCACAGAGCUGGCACAAUCAUCAUUCUGAUUAUGGUUACCCAGAUGUUUAUGCUCGAGGGGUUGCUUCUUCUCCUCUCAGCGUCCAUCCAACUUCUAAUUUCUCUAGCUGGAGGCCACAAAAGAAAUGUGGGAAUACAUUUUUUUCAGGAUCCUCUUCAAGCACUUAUCAGAAGUUUCCAGUAUGUCACCCGCCACCACAAACUUCGGAACUAAUGUGUGAUGAACCUGAAAGCAGCUCACCUCCUGAUCCUGCAGAUUGGGAUCCCAACUACAGUGAUGAACUUCUUUUACAAGAGGAUACUCCUGAAAUCAACUCCAUAUCCUUUGGCAUUGCUAAGGACAUGCACCUUAAUGAUACAGUUGACCCUGCAAGUCAAGCAAGUGGAGCUAGUCGGUCCAGGGCUGGCUCUAAUCAAGCUCCUUUUAUUUCAUCAAAUCCCAGAACUGAAGGAAGAUUUCCGGCACACCCUCCCUUUGUUGGUAAUUUUCCUUCUACAUCUGAUCAGCUGCCUCCUUUUCCACAAAACUCUCCCAGCCGUUUUGGGCAGCAAUCUGCUCGCAGAUAUAUGCAGUCAACUUUUACACACAGUAACCCACGAGAUCAUCAACAACAAUCUCAUUCUAACUAUAGCAGGGGAGAUUCAUACUCAUCAGCAAGUAGUUUAUUGGACAAUGGCAUUUCCUUGGGACGAAGUGCGGGACACCCAAUGGCAACCACUUUACCUUCAUCUCAUGCGUGAAAAGAUUAUGGAAGUAACUAUUGUUUAAAAAGGUUUGCUGAGCUCUGUCUUCAGUGGAUGUGACUGAAAUUUCAGUUCAUAGGCCAUCUGCUUGUGCUGUCUCCAAUUAUAUUCUUUUGGAUCCUGUUACUCCAAGCUUCAAAAAGCAUCAAUGCAUCAAGGCCAUAAUUUAUUUUAAGUCA